UAUGGUUGGAUGGUUUUGUUUGAGUUCACGAUUGCAGCAGGUAAAAAUUCUUAAAUCAGGAGAAGACUAUUUUACUUGCCUCUUAUAAUGGAAAACGUGCAAAAAGAAUUGACGAAAAGAAUUAUAAACGAAUGUAAAGCAAGACAGACAUCAGUGACUAAGGAUUUGGCUUCGUUCUUGCUUUCUCUUUAUCAAUUAAAUCCAGCGUACCGAAAAGAAAACGACGAGGAAAAUGUGAAAGAGGUCCAAGCUAUAACGGAGAGGCUAUGUGACCAAAGCCGACCCAGUCUUGUAACUUUGAAAAAUCAGCUGUACUUCGCUAAGCAUUAUCAUGACAGAGACGAAACUGUCAAAAGGCAUCGAUUACGACUGCACCAAAAAACCAGACCUUUGGUCGCCGAAAUUUGCGAAACUAAUAAACUGGAGAGUGGGAAGGAUACGGAAAAAUUGUAUCAGAAAAUAUUAGCAGUGAUAACGGUUCUGAGCGGUCUAGGAAGUCCCACAGUCUCAUCGGUUCUGAGGGAGGUUUCGGUGGCGUUGCAGAGCGUCUUCCAGGCUUCCGAGCUGGCUCACUACGUAACUUUGCCGAAACGAGAGAAAGAGGAGCAGCUGAUGGAGUUGAUGUGUCUAGUCGCGGGGAUCCGUCUAUUUAAUAGAGAUUGUCAACGCGGUGGCGAGGGGAUCGACGAUCUGCCGAGCAUUCUACAAGAAGCUCUAACCAAGACCCGUAAUUCUAUUCUCGAACUGCUGGAGCCGCUAAUGACCAAGAUAUACAAGUUCACGGCCGUUGUGGAAAACGCGAUCACGCGCAUGUCGAUCGACCCCUCGGAUGCUGCACGUGGCAUCUCGACGGAAGCGGCAUCCGACGCGGAAGAAAAGAUUGAGUGGGCCAUCGAAAUGUUAACGGCCAGUCGUCAGCAGGAAAUCUACAUUAGAAAGCUGCUGAGUGAUGUGGAGCGUAGCGAGAAUGCGGUGAAGAACUUGAUGGAGCGUCUUCAAGCGCGGCUCUUUAAACUUCACGACACUGUUCGAUACAGAACGGCUAUCCCUACUACUCAAGUUUACCCGCAAUUUAUUGAUCUGGCGGAUAUAUGGAUGGGUCUGCAAGAUGAGGUGAUCAUUUUGAGUAGCGUUAACAACUUCCUGUGGGAAUUACAGAGUUUGAGCAAUAAGACUGUAAAUAUUUACGAUCAGUCGAAGUUAGGAGAUAUAGCUGAGGGCGUGGAUAUUUUAACCGAUGCUGAAAGAUUGGAACGUUCCAUGGGCAAUUUAAUAACGGAGUGUGGAGAGUGCUUGAUAUAUUAUCCAAAUGUCACUAAAGAUUUCGAGAAGAUUAAUUUAGAGUUUCUAGGAUUUUGCGCGUGGACAUUUGCGACAGGCAAGGGUGCCCUUAUACCAGGAAAUCCAAACAACGGUGUGGCAAAAUGGAGAGGAAAACAUUACGCCUUUAAAUCGCCCGAUGUAGCCGCUAAGUUCGGAGAAAACCCCGACAGGUACGUUUACGACGCGCUUAAUUUUGUCCGCAACCACGCGGAAUAUAUCCACCUGUUCCAAUUACAUGAGGAAAUCGUAGCCAUGCAAAGCCAAGAAGAAUUAACGGAAAAAGGAUUGCGGUUAAAGAUACGUCACGAUCAGAAGGUUCAAACGGACGUUCACAUACUUCCGCCCUACAUUGAUAAAGAUUAUACUUCCAGCGUUUGGGAGUUGAAACGUAGAGCAUUACGCUUGGCAAACAUAAGUCGAUGUGCUACGCGCAGCACGCAGACAUUUAAUUCGCACUUUCGAUAUGGUGUUUAUGUGCAAGCGGCUUCGCUUCAGGAUAAAGAAGUUCAAACCAGAAGAGAUAACUGUACAAACACUAAGAAACUCAUGACGUUUAUAUUUGGAUUACGAGGCAGGCGGGAUGACAAUCAGCACGUUGUAUCGUUCUUGGAAGAUGGGCUCGAACAUUUAUAAAAUUUAAGUCGUCAGAGAUAAUUGGUAAACUUAUAUACACAUAAAUGUCUCAAUAAUACUGAUAUUAAAUGAAGUAAAUAGAAAGGCCAUUUUAAGUGAAUUAUAUAUUUAUAUUGUAAAUAAUUAAUCAUAUAUAUGAAUGCAUUUAUUUGGAAUAUUAUAGGAUAUAUAUAUUGGGUCCAGUUAGGAAGUAAUUAAAAUAAAUUACACACAAGACAGUUUAAAAAAAAUGAAAGCAAUACCUUUUUAAUGACAUUUCCAAAUACAUUUCACGAAACAUUACAAUUUAAAUAAUGUUUUUCUUUUUUAGAGAAACAAGUUUGUAUACUAAUUUAUCAUUCCGUACGCAUAGCAUUUCCCUUCACAUAUGUAAUGCUUUCGUUAUCGUAAACUGCAAUGAUUUCAUUCGUGUGGCUUUCCUCGUGACUUAGGCCAGCAUUUCUUUAAUUUAUAUUCAAAAUACACGAAUUUUACAUAUGUCGAAGCUCGGACAGAUGUAUGCGAUUAAGGGUCCGCACCUCGCGCUUCGUGAGCCUAUUAUUUUAUUUCCUACACUUCAACAGCCAGUGGUUGCUGCACGCACUGUGACUUUUAAUCAUUUAAUAUGCUUAUAAGAUAGCUUUCAGUGAAUAUAUUGUUUUACCAUUAGAUCUUAAACGUUAGAUUCAAUUUUUACACCAAGAAACCUAUAUUACGACAAUAAUUAGUAAUUACACGAUAAUACAAUUAAACUUUGCUUACAUUUG